ACGGUCUCCUCGCUCGUGAGCGGUGUCGCCUACCGUAAUCCUCGUCGUCCCCGCUGCUGUGCACUGCAAACUUCGCUCAAGUUCGACACAAGGUUUCAUGAGAACCGUGACGGCUCUCUGAUAUCCACCUGGACAGCUCCCGACGAACUUUUGACGAUGGAAAGACUGGGACAGUUCCCGAUGUGUGUACCCCUUCUACAAGGGCUUCGGCCACCGCUACCGCCAUGGUUUCCUCUGGCGCUACCACCUAUGCCACACGCUAUGCAGCAAUUUCUCCCUCCGUCAGCUACUCUACAACCCCAAACAUCAGCCACUGACUCAGCCUCCGUCACUACUGCUGUCGAAGAAGACCUUUCAGCACCUUCCGUAAAAACCGAGGAGGUGAACUCCUCAGCUGGAUUGACACCUCCUACUCCUCCUACACAAACGCUUACCACUAGUGAGAUCCUUUCUAGACCACAAUCUGCUGAUUCAAGUGUACUUAGCGAGUCACCCCUUAGCAGUAACAAGUUGAAGAAACGCGUACUAUGCGAGAGAUGCAAUAAGUCGUUUUGCGACAAAGGUGCGCUAAAAAUUCACACUAGCGCUGUCCAUCUAAAAGAAAUGCACAUGUGUACCAUACCCGGUUGCGGCAAAGAAUUUAGCAGUCGAAGAAGCAGAAAUCGCCACUCUGCGAAUACUAAUCCGAAGUUGCACAUGCCGGAAGCGGCGCAAUCGUUUCGAGAGCACGUCGGCAUCAAUGCAGCAGCACUGACCAUGGCAGCUGCGACAGCCUGUCUACCUUCGUCGACUGCUGCUGUCAGUUUGCCUGUCCCUAUUCAGUUACCGCCAAAAGUAGUGGAAAGCGUCUCUGCAAACAGCAGUGGAAAGGAAUCUGACAAGGCGGAAUCAUCGACAUCAAUUCUUGGCAAAAGAAGAGCGGAAGACACCGUAGACCAG